CUCUAGGACACCAGCAAUCCAUGGCAGCACCCCCUGGCCCUGCCCCUCCGUAGAAGAGGGGCCAAAGGAGACCCCGCUGCGGAGGGCAAGGAGAGCACGGCUCUGCUAAUGAGGGCCUAUCACCAGGCCCCUGGACUGAGUCACCUACCUCAGCAACAGGUCUCUCAUCCUCCCCUCCCGGGCCCCUCCCAGACACACCAGUGGCUGGGGUCAGGGUGGUGGAGCUACGGUGAGACAGGAAGUAGCACGGUGACACACAACCCAGGCUGCCCCCAGACCAGUCUCAAGAGGAAUCUGAAGCUCCCCAUUGCCCUGGGGUGUUGGUCACAGCUGCCGUGCUCCUGCCUGCGGAUGCUGCAAUUACCUCAGCGCAUGAAACCCGGCUUCCCACCUGACUGAGUCAGCUGAAAACAAAACACCGCCACCGCCACACUGGCACAAACAGCCAAGGCACUCAUCAGUCCCACAGCCGCCGGCGGAGAAGGCACAGUCCUCCACUGGCCCAGAGACGGUGGUGCCCACAGCAGCUGGAGAGGAUCAGCCGGGCACACCUGCCUCCUGCCUGCAGAAGGAGCUUGUGAGGAUCUUCCUCUGCCACCCGCUGCCCUUGCCCCAGCUCAGUAAGUGCUCUGCUCCUGCCGGGGUUUUUUCCACUGCCCUCUCAGGUAACCAGGCCACUCCUGUUCCUGGGGGACCUCUUGCUGCCAGAACUCCCAGCUCUUUACUCUCCUGGACAAAAAGCACUCCUUCCUGGGCCUUGUGUCACCGUCCAAGAUGCUAGCCAGAGGACCACACUGAGCAGAAACCUGGGCCUCUGCUUCUGGGGCACCCAGGCUGUCCCCGAUUCUUGGCAUUCACUGGCCAGCGGGGACCAGAUGGUCACUAGCUGCUGUUGAGUGCCUGACUGCGGGCUUCUGAGGCGUCUGCUGGUUCCCCUGGGUCCAAUGGAGACCUGGCGGAAAGGCUCCUUCCGCAAUGCUUCCUUCCUCAAGCGACUGACCCUGGGGCGGCCACGGCGACUCCGGCGACAGGGCAGUGUGCUUAGCCAGGCUAGCACUGCCGGUGGUGACCAUGAGGAGUACAGCAACCGAGAAGUCAUCCGGGAACUUCAAGGGAGGCCGGAUGGACGGCGCCUGCCCUUGUGGGGGGAUGAGCAGCCCCGGGCCACCCUGUUGGCCCCACCUAAGCCUCCUCGCCUCUACCGAGAGAGUUCCAGCUGCCCCAACAUCCUGGAGCCCCCUGCCGCCUAUGCCGCUGCCUACUCAGCCACCCUGCCCUCGGCGCUCUCCCUGGCGGGCACCCUCCAUCAGUCCUCAGAGGAGGACCUUUCAGACACUGCCCCCUUCCAGAGGACACCUGCUGCAGACCUCAGUGACCCUUUCUUCUCCUUCAAGGUGGACUUGGGGAUUUCGCUUCUUGAGGAGGUUCUACAGAUGCUGAGGGAGCAGUUCCCCAGUGAGCUCAGUUUCUGAGUGGGGUGAGCGGGGCAGAAAUGGGGUGAUGGAGGAGCUGGACCCAGCGACCCAGAGGAGGAGGGUAUAAUUGUGUAACAAGGACGAGGCAAGGGUUCUUUCUGCCUUCCAGAUCCUGAACAGUUGUCCAAGGUACGCCAGAACGAAAAGACAGGCCAGUGGGAAUGCUGGGGUCAUUUUCUAGCAGGAGCCCUGAAGGAAGCUGCUGAAGCCAGGAAGGGGAGGCCACACCCGUAACCACAGAAGCCAGUAGGGUGACAAGAUGGCACAGGGGCGAGUCAGGGUGAGGACACCAACUGGGCAGAAUCAACACUGCCCCGCAGCAGCCUCGUCUGAAGCCACUGUCAGCAGAGAGGUUACAGGACACAUCUGGGCAAAAGUGGUCCGACCCAGGCUGAAGGGGAAUGUGGUGAGGCCUGAGAAGACGGGAGAACUAGGUUUGCCUUGGUCCAAUUGCGUGGCCACUUGCUACAUGUGGCUAUUUAAGUACACUGAAAUAAAAAUGCAAAUUCAGUUCCGGGCUACACAAGUCAUGUUUCCUAUGCUCACAGUUACACGUGGUUAAUGGUACCACACUGGGAAGCACAAGCAAGAACACGGACAUCCCUGGACUAGGUCCCCCAGACGGCGCUGGCUAGACCCUGGCCUGGAGCCAUCCAUGCAUGGGAUAGACGGAGGGGAAAAGCAUCAGAGGCUGCAGGAACAAGAACAGGCCGGCAGAGCAGGAGACACGGAGGGAAACGCAGGAGAAAGAGCAAAGGAAUCCUUAACAGGAAAGAGGCCGUGAGAGACAGCCUGUCACCACGGCUGCCUGGAGCAAUCCCUAGGCCCAAGGGAGGGAAUGUCAGCCAAAGGCACCAACACAGCUUGCAAAGGGGUACUUUCAGGAUCCCCAGAACUAUUUGUGAUGGCGGCCUUUGGGAAAUGCUGCAGAAACAAUAGCAGAUUCCUUUGCUAGGAGACACGAGCACUGGGUCAGGGUGGAUACUAAACCAUGAAGCAGCAUAUCUAGUCUCCAGAAUCUUCUGCCAAGCCUGGGGAGCUCUGCCUUGCCCAAACCCCUGACAAUGGGACUGUCAGCUCAGCCAAGCCCACUGGAUCCAGGCCACCAGCUGUGCGACGAUCUCACCCUGUGGCCUGGCCAGAAGACCUGAAGCCAGAGCUCAGCAGCUCUCAGCUAGGCCAUGGGGGACAGAAGCUCUGAUACACGCUGCCUCCACAACCCGCCCCUCUGGCCUCCUUCUUUCCUCCUCUUGCGUGGAGGUGCCGAGCUGUAAUGUCCCUUUGUGCAUACAGGAGAUAAUAAAGUUCUUUCCACCACAA